CUUUCAAUUGCACUUAUGCAAAACACAUCAAUGGAUCUCUUCAUAGUCUUGGCGAUUUGUCUUUCUUGUUUGAUUCUCCUUUUCCUAUGGAACCGAAGCUAUGCCCAAGGGAAGCUGCCACCUGGUCCUACUCCUCUCCCAAUUGUUGGAAACGUUCUACAGAUAAAUAUUAAGAACAUCAAGGAAUCCAUAAGCAAGCUAGCAAAAGUCUACGGCCCGGUGUUCACUGUGUACUUUGGAAGGAAGCCCACUGUGGUGCUCUAUGGAUAUGAGGCAGUGAAGGAAGCCCUGAUUGAUCGGGCUGAGGAGUUCUCUGGCAGAGGCAGUUUUCCAAUUAUAGACAAUAUCUUCCAGGGAUCAGGUAUUGUUUUCAGCAAUGGGGAAAUAUGGAAACAAACUCGGCGAUUCUCCCUCAUGGUUUUGCGGAAUAUGGGAAUGGGAAAGAAGACUAUUGAAGACAGAAUACAAGAAGAAGCCUUGUGUCUGGUGGAAGCAUUACGAAAGACCAAUGCAUCUCCCUGUGAUCCUACUUUCCUUCUGAGCUGUGUUCCCUGCAAUGUGAUCUGCUCCAUUAUUUUCCAAAACCGUUUUGAGUACAGUGACAAGCAAUUUCUAACCUUGAUAAACUAUUUUCAUGAGAACUUCAGAAUUGUAAGCACCUUCUGGAUACAGCUCUACAAUUCUUUCCCCUUUUUAAUACAUUAUCUCCCAGGAAGUCAUAAUGAAUUAUUUAAAAACAUUGCUGAACAGAAAAAAUUUAUUUUGGAGAAAGUAAAAGAACACCAGGAAUCCCUAGACCUCAACAACCCUCGAGACUUUAUUGACUACUUUCUGAUUAAAAUGGAAAAGGAAAAGCACAAUAAACACUCUAUAUUUACUAUGGACCACUUGAUCACCACCAUAUUGGAUGUGUUUGGUGCAGGAACAGAAACCACGAGCUCCACCCUUAAAUAUGGAGUCUUGCUUCUGCUGAAGCACCCGGAAGUUACAGCUAAAGUCCAGGAAGAGAUUGACCGUGUGGUUGGCAGAGAACGGAGCCCCUGCAUGCAAGACAGGAGCCACAUGCCCUACACAGAUGCUGUGGUGCAUGAGAUCCAGAGAUACAUUGACCUCAUCCCUAACAACCUGCCCCAUGUGGUGAGCCAGGACAUUGAGUUCAGAGACUACUUUAUUCCAAAGGGCACAACCAUAUUUACAUCUCUGACUUCUGUCCUGCAUGAUGACAAAGAGUUCCCCAACCCAGAUCAAUUUGAUCCCGGCCACUUCCUCGAUGAAAGUGGCAACUUUAAGAAGAGUGACUACUUCAUGCCUUUUUCAGCAGGAAAAAGAGUUUGUGCUGGAGAAGGCCUCGCCCGCAUGGAGCUGUUUUUACUACUGACGCACAUAUUACAGCAUUUUACCUUGAAAUCUGUGGUUGAUCCAAAGGACAUCGACACCACUCCACUUCUCAGUGGGAUAGGCUCUGUAUCACCCUCCUAUGAAGUCUGUUUCAUUCCAGUCUGAAGAAGGACAAGCUGCCAACCACUGAGCCAGUUUUGCUAGCAUUAUCCGAACAAGCAGCUGCUGUACAACUAGUGUUUUAGCUGUUAUCCACCUCUUUCUUAGCAGCAGGAAUGGCAUUUCUGAGCUGUCUCUUCUAAUUCUUCCCAUUCUUGAAAAACUAUAAAGCCUCUAGUGUGAGAUGUAAGACAAUGUCUUUAUGACUUAGACCUCUGCAAAUAUUUCUGAAAAAUUAGGCUACAAAAGCACUAAUGAUGAGAGAUCAACAAACAGGUCUUUCUUUAAAUGAAUAUUUAAACUUCUAUCUAUUCAUCACAAGAUACCAUUUAAGAUAAUCAAAAGGGACGAUGCUCACUAAGUAUUUGCAAUGAAUAUAUCCAUGAAAUGACUUAUAUUCAGAUUUUUCAAAGAACUAAAAAAACAAUCCCACAAAGACACCUCAAGUAUUUUAAAUGGGCAAACUCUUUGACUAGUUACUUCACAGAAGAGGGUUUUCAAGUGGACAAUAAAUAGGAGAAAGGAUAUGCAACUUUUUUAGUUAUGUGGGAAGUAAUAGUAAAAUCACAGUGAAUUACUAGUAUGUACCUACCAUCCACUAAAACCUAUAUCUAUGUGAACAAGGAUGAACAAGGAUGUGUUUUGUUCACUAAUAAAUAUCAAUCACUUGAGCAGUGCCUGGCAUAUGUAGGCUCAAUAAAUACUUGACAAAUGAAUGAUUACCUGAA